ACCAUCUAGUUCUCGAUUCCAAGCACCUCAAUCAAGUCAGAAAGGUUCUCUCCAGUACACCAAGUCUUUUCAAUCUUCAAGAUGCGUUUUUUGUCUGCCUCCUCUCUUCUUUUGGCCCUAGUGCCUGCUAUCAAUGCCGUUCCCGUGGAGGUUGCUAGCAGCGCUCCUGGACUUGAUGUGACUCUCAGCAAGGUUGGCAACACCCGUAUCAAGGCCGUGGUUAAGAACACCGGCAGCGAAGAUGUCACAUUUGUGCACCUCAAUUUCUUCCGGGAUACCGCUCCCGUCAAGAAGGUGUCCCUCUUCCGCAACGCAACCGAGUUGCAGUUCCAGGGUAUCAGGCAACGACUCAUCAAUGAAGGCCUGUCCGACGAUGCCUUGACAACCCUUGCCCCUGGUGCAACCAUUGAGGACGAAUUCGACAUCGCAACAACCAGCGACCUGUCUGAAGGUGGUACUAUCACAGUGAACAGCAAUGGUAUCGUGCCUGUUACCAAGGAGAACAAGGUGACCGGGUAUAUUCCCUUCACCUCGAAUGAGAUCACUAUCGAUGUCGAUGCUGCUGAGGCUGCCACUGUUAGCCAGGCUGUCAAGGUCCUCGAUCGUCGUACCAGAGUCGCAUCCUGCUCUGGUAGCAGGUUGUCAGCUCUUCAGACUGCGCUGAGAAACACUGUCUCUCUGGCACGUGCGGCUGCUACCGCUGCCCAGUCCGGAUCCUCCUCCCGUUUCCAGGAGUACUUCAAGACGACAUCCAGCUCAACCCGCAGCACUGUCGCUGCUCGCCUGAACGCCGUUGCCAGUGAGGCAUCCUCGACCUCCUCCGGAAGUACCACGUACUACUGCAGUGACGCGUAUGGUUACUGCAGCUCCAAUGUGCUUGCAUACACCCUUCCGGCGUACAAUAUCAUCGCCAACUGUGACAUCUACUACACCUACCUUCCGGCCCUGACCGGCAGCUGCCACGCUCAGGACCAGGCAACCACCACCCUUCAUGAGUUCACUCAUGCUCCUGGUGUGUACAGCCCUGGCACAGAUGAUCUUGGUUACGGAUACUCCGCUGCCACUGCCUUGAGCGCUAGAGACGCUUUGAACAACGCCGACACCUAUGCCUUGUUUGCCAAUGCUGUCAACCUCAACUGCUAG